CAUUGAUUCAUCUGAUCAUCAUUCGCUUAAAGGAUAAGAAAGAAAAAAAAAAAAGAGCAGAGCAAAUUCUAAGAACUAUGAUGAGAGAGGAGGAAGAAGAAUGGCGAUCAGUUCACGAGGUUUUAUUGAUUGUUCUUCCUUAUCUUCAUUCCUUGUUCGAGCUUCUCUCUAUGACUCGCGUUUCUCGAUCGCUCAGAGACGCCAUCAGAGACGAAACCGCCUUGUGGACAAACUUCGUUAUUGAACCACCGUUGAGCUCUCGUCUGACCGACGAUAUUCUAUCGGAGAUCACUUCGAAAUCCGCCGGGAAGCUCAAGACUCUGAUUCUCCGUCAAUGUCUUAGGGUUACCGACAAAGGACUCCGUCGUGUGGUGGAUGCGAAUCCUCUCAUCACUAAGAUAAUUGUGCCUGGAUGCUCUGUAUUGACUCCUAAAGGAAUCAUGGAAUGUGUUGAAAGCUUGUCCAAGAACAAUCAUAAACUGGAGACACUUCACAUCAAUGGCGUCAAUGGCUUUACCAAACAACAUCUCUUAGCACUUUCGACUUACCUUUCUCCCGAGGGAACAAUCGACGUCGAGGUCUGUCCCAAAUGCGAUCAAGUAAUGAUGAUUCCGCCUUGCUCAAGAGAAUCAUGUAACCAGAAGCAAACGAAUGAACGCAAGUGCCGGGGAUGCUGGCUUUGUAUCCCUAGAUGUGCAGAGUGCUCAGUGUGCCUUGUUGCUCCAGAUACUGAGAGUCAAGAAGCAGCGUGUGGUAAUGACGACGUUCUGUGUCUUGAAUGUUGGCUUGUGCUUCCCAAGUGCAGGUUCUGCAAUAAACCCUAUUGCACUAUUCACAGCACUCGUCGACAUGAGAUUGCAAUCUCUGAUGCUGCGUCUCGGCCUUCGUUUGAAUGCGAAGCUUGUUACUAUAGGGCAGGUACAAACCCAUAUGAAGUCGACUAUCAAAUCUAAAAGAAAAACACUUGUUGUCUGCAACUUUUUCUAUUUUGUAUAUGAAUAGCUUGGAUUGUUAAAUAUUCAGCCAUACUCAUGGAUAGAAAAAA